UAUGUUUUUGUUUUGAAUCCGGUGUCAACAAGAUGACGACAACAAUUGCAGCAGAGCUUGGAUUGUCUUGGCAUAUACAUUAACGCUAUUUAUUGUUCAUUAACCCCAUCCUCCUUCAUUAAUUGUGAUCAUAUUUUUAUUUUUACUUAUUUUCAUUGUAAACUACUGUUUAAAACAAAAACUCGUGUCUGAGUUAAGUGUUAUCUACCAUAAAAAUAGCAUCGAGCAGAAAACCAGUUUUUCGCAUUCGCAGCACCGAGGUGUUAUGGCCGUGUUCGAGACCAAUCACAGCAGCAAAGUUUUGGACGAUACAAUUCCUCUGACAUGUGUAAUUGAAAGUGCACAAAAUGCUGGAAGCCACAUUGAAUAUAUUGUUCGAGUGCAAAGGGGUGCUGUUACUGAAAAUAACUGGACCAUUAAAAAACGGUACAGUGAUUUUGUGGCUUUGGAUGCAGAGUUACACAUGUCCAAUAUUGAACUAGCUAUACCACCUAAAAAGAUGUUUGGAAAUAUGGAACGAGAGUUUGUUGCUGAAAGGCAAUUAGGACUGCAACAAUAUUUGAAUUCAAUACUGGAAUAUCCUUUGUUGGCUUCCAGCUUGAUUGUCAAACGUUUCCUCAAUGCAAAGAAUUACUCUGAUAAUCUACGAGAGACUGCCUUACAACAUGUUUCUAUGAUUUUCCGAUCUGAACCAAAAUGGGAAGUAGUGGAACCUCUACACAAUCUUGGUUGGCGAUUACGGAAACAUUAUAUUGUAGUGAAACCUUAUGAAAAUCCAAAAGAAAGACAGUUAUUGUCAUGGAAUGAUUAUGGACCUUCUAAGUUUUUACCUGCAAAAGAAUUAAUGGCUGUGAUAAAGCUGCUUCCAAAUCUGCAGCAUCCAUUUAUAGCUCCUAUGGAGUUUGCUGUUGCUAAUGAAAAUGGUGGAAUGGUGAUACGGAGCUUUUAUGAACAUGGUACUCUUCGUGACUACAUUUGCAAGUGUAAACCUAAGCAAGCACACUUUUUGAAGAAGUAUGCCCGACCCAAAACAUAUUGUGUUUUAGAAACAAGAGAAAUUCAAAGAUACGGAAGACAAAUUCUUGAAGUUUUGAAAUUUCUCUAUGAUAAAGGAUUACCAUAUGGUCACUUACAUGCUGGUAAUAUUGUGGUUAACAGGGAGACGUGUCAACUGUUAGACCUUGAAAACUGGAUUCUUGGGUUGCCGUCUUAUUAUAAAAGUUUCUUUGUACAGUUUAAGAAACUACAGAAAAUGGAAUCAAUUGAAGUUUAUUCAUUUGGUCGUUUAUUGUAUGAAAUGGCAUUUGGUGAGCAACUUUUGAAAGCAACCUGUGACACAUUCCCUCAACAUUGUCCACCUGACCUACGUUCUGUAUUGGAGCUCUUGUUGUCCAGUGAAGCUUGCAAGAAUGAACUUCCAACAAUUAAUGAUUUAUUGAAUCAUCCAUUUUUCUCGAGUAUUGUAUUGCCACAGUCAGAUAAACCUAUUUUUAAAAUACCAAGCAAAUUGAAAGAGUCAAUCAAAUCUGCUAAAGAGUUAAUGGAAAAACAUUUAAAAGAAGAACAGAAACUGAUAAAUCAGUUGAAGCGAUUAACAAAAGCCAAAGAAUUUCACAUGUCUGAAGGGGAGAAGCUAAGAAGACGAAAGACAAAGAAGAAAGAAAAGGCUUUAGAAAACUCCAAAGACGAUACUUCAGUAUCAAAUUCAAGCACAUCAGCUUCCCAAAUUGUUGGACCUUAACAGCAGACUCCUUCAACACAUUUCAUAGGCAAUGGAACAACGUCUGCUGGUGCGCCUGGUACAAAGUUUGCACCGGCUGCACCAUCAAUACAG